AUGGCAGCAUUCGAGGCUACGGGACAACUGCCAGCAGAUAAGCCAUUGAACUCUCGCGCCAAGAGAGCCCUCAAGCGAAAAGGGCUGUUUCCGAACCCACCGGCGGAGACAUCAUUGUUGGCCUUAGGAAGUGCAAAUCGAGACCCUCGAGUUGAAGACCAAGAGGAGCACGAUGGCUGGAAGUCAGCAGAACACCUUCGAGCCCUCAACCGUAACCGACAGGCAAGAUUGGACGUCAACAAGCAAUACCCAGACCGUCCAUAUGUCAUGAACGCCUGGAACUUCAAUGAAACAGACGAAGGCUUGAAGAAGUUGAGCCUAGACUGGCCAGACAAUCGCACAGACGAGUCGCCGGCUGACAUAUUUGUCAUUGGUUUCGCUUUCCUGAAGAAGAUGGGAUGGGUCGACGGCACAGCACUCGGAGAUUGCCCAUAUGAGCCGACGGUUAUGAAGUCGCACGUUGGGUAUAUCCCGCCUUAUAUCCGCGAUCGCAAGGCUGCACUUGGCGGUGAUGCUCUUGAUACAAUCUGGGGCGAAGUGCAGAUUGGAAACAUCAACGCCACCGUUCCCGAUACCUUCAAGCCACCAACGGCCGGAUUUGAGAACAAUCCGGAUUAUACGAUCAACUUUCGGCCGGCGGGCUUUGAACGCCGCGACUCCCUUGGAAAUCUGUCAAGCCAAGGCACCCUGGGAUGCAUCUUCAAAGUCUAUAGCAAAGAAAGGCUGCCGCAGAACUUAAGACAGCAGCUGGAAGAUAUCGGUGCACGCCUUGGCCCUGCUUACGAGCCACUACGCGAGCAACAGGCGUCAUUUGCUGUAGAACAAAGAGGUGCAGAUGACUCGCCCGCUUCCAGCAUUGAAGCGGAUGGCAUGGGCUCAUCUGACGAAGAUCAAGCCAAGCCUGCGGGGGAUAUGGACCUUGGUGAAGGUAAUUCAGUGGCCCUGAAAAAGGGCAAUGGACGAUUGUGA